GAUUUUCCCCUCCCAUGUGCUUCGACUGGCGCUAAAAGUUUUGAGCCGCUCAAAAGUCCAGAGCCACGAUCCUGGGCGCAGGUAGCCGCUGGGCUCCGGGGUCACCUGGCGUCCGGCCUCGGAGCGUGCUUCCCAGGACGGUGACACGCUCCCCUGAGGUUCGGUGGCUACACUGUCUUCCCAGGAGCUGCGAUGCAGGACCCACAGUCAGAGCUCACCAUUGACCCCCCUCUGAGCCAGGAGACAUUUUCCGAAUUGUGGAACCUGCUUCCUGAAAACAAUGUUCUGUCUCCCGAGCUGUCCCCAGCAGUGGACGAACUGCUGCUCUCAGAAGGCGUCGCGAACUGGCUGGAUGCAGGGUCCGAUGACGCUCCCAGGAUGCCCGCAGCUCCUGCCCCCGCGGGCCCGGGACCAACCACCUCCUGGCCCCUGUCAUCCUUUGUCCCUUCCCCGAAGACCUACCCUGGCACCUAUGGGUUCCGUUUGGGGUUCCUGCAUUCCGGGACAGCCAAGUCCGUUACUUGCACGUACUCCCCGUCCCUCAACAAGCUGUUUUGCCAGCUGGCAAAGACCUGCCCGGUGCAGCUGUGGGUCAGCUCCCCGCCCCCACCCGACACCUGCGUCCGCGCCAUGGCCAUUUAUAAGAAGUCCGAGUUCGUGACAGAGGUUGUGCGGCGCUGCCCCCACCACGAGCGCUGCCCGGACAACAGCGAUGGGCUGGCCCCGCCUCAGCAUCUCAUCCGGGUGGAAGGAAACUUGCGUGCCAAGUACUUGGACGACAGAAACACUUUCCGACACAGCGUGGUGGUGCCCUACGAGCCGCCCGAGGUCGGCUCUGAUUGUACCACCGUCCACUAUAACUACAUGUGUAACAGCUCCUGCAUGGGGGGCAUGAACCGGCGGCCCAUCCUCACCAUCAUCACCCUGGAAGACUCCAGUGGUACUGUGCUGGGACGGAGCAGCUUUGAGGUACGCGUUUGUGCCUGUCCUGGGAGAGACCGGCGCACAGAAGAGGAGAAUUUCCGCAAGAAGGGGGAGCCUUGCCCCGAGCCGCCCCCCGGGAGCACUAAGCGAGCACUGACUCCCAGCACCAGCUCCUCUCCUCCCCAAAAGAAGAAGCCACUGGAUGGGGAAUAUUUCACCCUUCAGAUCCGUGGGCGCGAACGCUUCAAUAUGUUCAGGGAGUUGAAUGAGGCCUUGGAGCUGAAGGAUGCCCUGAGUGGAAAGGAGCCAGGGGGAAGCAGGGCUCACUCCAGCCACCUGAAGGCUAAGAAGGGGCAGUCUACCUCCCGCCAUAAAAAACUGAUGUUGAAGAGAGAGGGACCCGACUCAGACUGACGUCCCCUGCUUCCUGUGUCCCCCUCCCCCGCCCCCCACUGACCCCCUCC